GAACGGCAUAUUAGUUUCCAUUCGCGAUAGCACCGACAACUCGUGCACUCGUCUCAUCCGUCUUCUCUGGAUUUCAAAUUUCUUCGAAAGAAAUUUGUGAUUAAUUCAAUUGAAUCGAGACACUUCUCCCCUCGAUUCACCCAAACGUAAUAAAAAAUGACAGCAGCUCAGGUAUCAUUUCCUCAGAUUGAGGUGUUCAAUCGUGUUCUCGGGUUACCAGUUGUGGAGCAGGCAUUAGCUGUAUCAGCAUCGACUUAUUCACGAGUCAAAGACUCAAAUCAACUUCUCCAUUGGGUACUAUCAACAGCUGAGAAUUCAAUAACCGAUGCAACGAGACGGGCAGUGCCUUUUGCAGCACCAAUUGCCAUGAAGUUUGAGACACCUAUUCAUUUUGUCGAUGACAAAUUGUGCAGGGGUCUGGAGAAAAUUCAGGAAAAGGUGCCGAUUGUCAAUGAGACACCGGAAAACAUUUUAGAAAAGGGCUAUAUGUUCGCCCUGCAAACUGUACAGCCCGCGAUGUCGAGGAUUUCGUAUGCAAACGCCCUGAUAAUCGCUCAGGCGAAUUCCCUGAAAGUACUGAGCUGGAAUAAGGCAAAUCAAAUUUUAGGCAGUCAUUAUGGAACAGUCGCAGUCCAUGGAUUGGAUAGCACUGCGUCGGUGGUAGAUAAACUGAUCGACAGAUAUUUUCCAGCGACUGGAGCGGAGAUUGUUGAAGAGCCAGCAUCGUCUGAAGAGGAUGCCCUUCUCCACACCCUCCAGACAGUGGGAAGACUAUCGAACAAAGCAGCUCGUCGAGUGUAUGGGAACGUUGUGUACAAUCUUCGCACAAUCAACAAAGACAAAGUCAGAACGUAUGUCAACAAUGUUGUUGAAUUUCUACAGAUCGCACAGUACAUUCACGCUGUUAACGAUAAAGUACAUAAAUUCACUUCUCCGACGAAGGAGUCGUCCCAGAAAAAAUCUCCAGAAUCCAAUGGUCACGUCAAACGAGAGUAGAGACUUCUCUCUUAAUUCAUAAUAAAAAAUAAUUUGAAUAACGAAGAAAUAAAACGUUCAUUAAAUUUGGCUCUUGUGUAUUGGCGGAAUAUUUGAAGGAAAUUGCGGGAUUUCGGUGAAGAACUGUGUUGUAGAAUGAUUUGUAUAAUAAUAAGAUUUCAGUAAACGUCUCGCUAUGUGCCUUGUCUCAA